AUGGAUUACCGACAUGCCUCAGAUUCUGACCGACCGAACAAUUACAGUCACCAGCCUCGUGACCCUGGAUUCAUCGAAGCGGUCGAUCCGCAAGUUCGAAAGGCUACUUCAGCUCGGCUUCUUACUCCCAACCAGCCACCCGCAAGUCGGCAACCUCGCUACGGGGCUUCGACCUUUGAGAAGGAGAUCCGAGAGCUGAAUGAAAAGCUGGCUUUGGCCAUGGAGGAGGUGCAGCUCUUGCGAGAGCAGUUGGACAAGUCCAGGAAGCAGUAG